AUGCAGAGCAGGAACCAAGCUUUUGGAAUGCCGACCUUCAUCGACGCAUCUGCAAGUGGGAAUUUGUCUGGACCUGACCAAUUCGACCUACUUGAUGCCAACGAUUUCUUCAACAACGGCAGCCGGAGUAGUCAUGCGUUUUCGCUGCAUUUGCCAUCUCAUGAGGGUUACCCACAAGGCCAACACACUCCUUAUGCGUCGCACAGCAGCAGCAUGUCGCUUUCUGGACAUCAAUACAGCAUGCCCACGGCGGGGCAUCCAUCUCAACAUUACGACGAUGGACUACCGAUCCAAGUAGGCCUCGAGGACCUCCAGGGUUUCUCUCCUAUGAGUCCCUCCUACAACCUCAACGCCUACCGUACGCCGUACCCCGACAGCACUGCGACAUCUGCUUCUUCGGCUGCCUCUCCCGACCCAGCUCAUGCAGCACUCAUGACGGACCCCAUCAUUGUCGAGGCCGAAGAAGAGAAGCGUAAGCGCAACCAGGCUGCAUCCGCCCGCUUUCGUCAGAAGAAAAAGCAACGCGAACAGCAGUUGAUGGAAGCAACGCGUGAAAUGCAAGAGAAGUCCAGACGGUUGGAGGCAGAAAACGACACGCUGAGGAAGGAAAAUCAGUUUCUGAAGAAGUUAUUGGUUGAAAAGGUCGAUCAUAUGAGUGAUCAAGAUCGUGCGUUGUUGAAGGAGGCUACGGAGAAGGUGUGCAAGGCGUCAGGGGAGGGCAAAUAA